AUGUCGUUUAUUCUCAAGAGAUUCAAUUCCACCUCAUCAUUGUCAUCACCGUCAUUGAUUGGUAAAACAGCAGUUGUAACUGGUGGUUCUCGUGGACUAGGACUCCAUAUUGCUAAGAAGCUAUCGGAACAAGGAGCUAGCAUCAUUUUAGUAUCACGCCAAAAGGACGUUUUGAGGCAUAAUUUGAAACAUGAGUUGUCAAUAAUAUCCAAUAACCAGGAACAUGGGUAUAUACAAUGUGAUCUAUCAGAUACAGGCUCAAUUUAUGAAACUUUUUUAUCAGCAAAUCAAUUGAAGAAAGCAUCAAUAUUGAUCAAUUGUGCUGGUGUAUCACAAAACUCUUUGUUAUUUUCUACCCCAUCAUCAUUAGUUUCUAAGAUUAUUGAUACUAAUUUGACUUCAUCAAUUAUUUUAUCCCAAAUACUUUUGAAGCAAUUGAUGAAAAAUUCGCCAUCUUCAAUUAUAAACAUUUCAUCUGUUUUAGGACUGAAAGGGUUCAAAGGAACCUCAGUAUACAGCGCUUCUAAAGCUGGGAUAGUAGGAUUCACCAGGGCUUUAGCUGUUGAAAUGGGAUCUAAAAAGAUAAGAGUCAAUAGCAUAUCACCUGGUUUAAUUAAGGAAACAGAAAUGGGAAAGGGUUUACAUUAUGAUAAUGCAUUGCAAAAAGAAGGAGUGCCAUUAAAUGAUAUAAGCAAUACUGUGCUGUAUUUAUUGGAGAAUGAAAGCAUCACUGGCCAAAACAUUGUUGUUGAUAAUGGUAUUGUGAUCUAA